UCAUCUUUAGGAUUUAGGCAUAAAGAAAGACCGUCUUGGAACUCAAUAAAUCAGCAGCAUCUCAUGAACAAAUCAAGGCUGCAACCUUUUUUUGGUUCCUUUUCCUUGCACAUCAACCAUACUGAUAAUAUAGCCUUGGUUUUGUGAUUGUGAUGGAAGUAGAUGAAGUAGGAUUUGUUGAAGAGUUAUCUCUUCGUGAACCAUCGAAAAGCCAUGGAGAUCACCCUCACCCUCACCCUCUACAAAUCAUCAGGAUUGAAUCAAGAGGCUACAUGAGAGACUCCACUGUAAGACCCUACAUAGAAGAUGGUAAUUUAGAGAAUAAUACGGUGGAGUACUUGAAUCCACAAGAAGCUUGGCUUCCCAUCACAGAAUCCAGAAAUGGCAACGUUUUCUCUGCUGUGGUUCAUUUACUCUCCUCAGGAAUCGGAUUUCAAGCCCUUAUACUUCCUGUCGCAUUCGCCACUCUUGGCUGGUCAUGGGGAAUCAUAUUUUUGUCACUGGCAUUUACAUGGCAACUUUACACAAUAUGGCUUCUUGUUCAACUUGCAGAAUCUGUCACGGGCGAACGCCACAGUAGAUAUCUCCUCCUUGCAAUAUCUGCCUUUGGUCCAAAGUUGGGGAAGCUUCUUGCAAUAUUUCCCGUGAUGUACUUAUCAGGAGGAUCAUGUGUUAUGUUGAUUAUCACAGCUGGUGGGAACAUGAAGACUUUAUACAAGAUUAUGUGUGAUGGAGGAGCCACGAGUGAAGCCAAUUCAUUGAGUGGUCCUUCGUGGUUCUUGGUCUUCACUUGCAUGGCUAUUCUGGUAGCCCAGUUGCCCAACUUGGACUCCAUAACCAAGAUCUCAGUGAUCGGAGCAGUCACCGGAGUUGUUUACUGUACUCUCUUAUGGGUGCUGCCGAUCAGCAAGGGCAGCCCCAGUGAAGUCUCUUACAGCCCUGCAGAGAUGGGAAAGUCAGAUAUGACCAAGUUUGGUAAUGUCUUCAAUGCCAUUGGGAUAAUUCUGCUGGCAUUUAGAGGUCACAAUCUAGUGCUUGAGAUACAGGGGACACUGCCUUCUAACCAAAAACAGAAAUCGUCUAAGCCAAUGUGGAGAGGUGUGACAAUUUCAUAUCUAAUUGUAGCAAUAUGCUUAUUUCCUCUAGCUAUAGCUGGAUUUUGGGCUUAUGGAAAAAAGGUUCCGAUAAAUGGUGGGUUAUUGGCUGCAUUUUUGCAAGUUUAUGGACCUAAAACAACAAAAUAUUUGAUGGGCACAGUCUACCUUCUAGCGUUGAUAAACAACCUAACAUCAUUUCAAAUAUACGCCAUGCCAGUUUUCGACAACCUAGAGUUGAGGUACAUUAUGAGGAAGAAGAAACGCUGUCCAUGGUGGGUUCGGGCUGGUUUGAGGCUCUUCUUCGGAGGGUUGGCAUUCUUUAUAGCAGUGGCAUUUCCAUUCUUAGGAAGCUUGGCAGCUCUUCUUGGUGGAAUUACAUUGCCUUUGACUUAUGCUUAUCCAUGUUUCAUGUACAUUUCCUUAAAAAAGCCCCGCCCAAAUGGUGCAAUGUGGUGGUGGCUUAAUUUUGGUCUUGGUUGUUUAGGCUCGAUUUUGAGUGUUGCCUUGGUUAUUGCAGCACUCUGGAAAUUGGCUACCGAAGGCCUAAAUGCUAAUUUCUUUAGGCCUUAAUUUUGUGUACAUGUACAGACUCGCCCAGAAUUUCAGUAUCAUAUAUAUCAGUGUAAAGAGAGCAUAAUGUGUUCUCAAAAGUAUUAACU